AUGGACGGCAACGAGACUCACGCGGCAGAUGGUGAGAAUGGAGAUGUUGAAGUAUCAGACGAGGAGGAGGACGGCAGUUCAGAGUCGGAGGGGGAGAGAGAAGAGCAGCCAAUGGAUGCGGGUGCUGGUGUCCAACAGGCUGUCCCAUCAGUACUCCGUGAAAUAUUUGGGGAGGCAUUUAACGGACUUAAUCAAUCAGGAAACAACGGAAACAUGCGCUCGGGGGGUGUGGGAUUAUCAAUUCCAACAGCAGCAGAGAUUGGAGGAUUGGGGGAGAUGGGAGGAGCAUCCGAGAGUGGAGGAUUGGACGAGCGGGGAGGAGCAGGCGACAGCGGGGCGGGGAGGGGAGGAGAAGAGAGCGGGGCAGGGAGGGGAGGAGCAGCCGAGAACGCGGCGGGUAGGGGAGGAGCAGCAGGGAGCGAGGCGGGGAGGGGAGGAGCAAUCGAGAGUGGGGUAGAGAGGGGAGGAGAAGAGAGCGGGGCAGGGAGGGGAGGAGCAGCCGAGAACGCGGCGGGUAGGGGAGGAGCAGCAGGGAGCGAGGCGGGGAAGGGAGGAGCAGUCGAGAGUGGGGUAGAGAGGGGAGGAGAAGAGAGCGGGGCAGGGAGGGGAGGAGCAGCCGAGAACGCGGCGGGUAGGGGAGGAGCAGCAGGGAGCGAGGCGGGGAGGGGAGGAGCAGUCGAGAGUGGGGUAGAGAGGGGAGGAGCAGCAGGGAGUGGGGCGGGUAGGAGAGGAGCAGCAGGGAUCGGGGCAGGGUUGGGAGGAGCAUCAGCAGGGACAGGGAGGGAAGGAGCAGCAGGGAGCGAGGCAGAGAGGGGAGGAGCAGUCGAGAAUGGGGUAGGGAGGGGAGGAGCAGCAGGGAGCGAGGCGGGGAGGGGAGGAGCAGUCGAGAGUGGGGUAGAGAGGGGAGGAGCAGCAGGGAGUGGGGCGGGUAGGAGAGGAGCAGCAGGGAUCAGGGCAGGGUUGGGAGGAGCAUCAGCAGGGACAGGGAGGGAAGGAGCAGCAGGGAGCGAGGCAGAGAGGGGAGGAGCAGUCGAGAAUGGGGUAGGGAGGGGAGGAGCAGCAGGGAGCGAGGCGGGGAGGGGAGGAGCAAUCGAGAGUGGGGUAGCGAGGGGAGGAGCAGCAGGGAGUAGGGCAGGUAGGAGAGGAGCAGCAGGGAUCGGGGCAGGGUGGGGAGGAGCAUCAGCAGGGACAGGGAGGGAAGGAGCAGCAGGGAGCGAGGCAGAGAGGGGAGGAGCAGUCGAGAAUGGGGUAGGGAGGGGAGGAGCAGCAGGGAGCGGGGCGCGGAGGGGAGGAGCAGUCGAGAGUGGGGUAGCGAGGGGAGGAGCAGCAGGGAGCGGGGCGGGUAGGAGAGGAGCAGCCACAAGUGGGGUAGGGAGGGGAGGAGCAGCAGGGAGCGGGGUGGGUAGGAGAGGAGCAGCCACAAGUGGGGUAGGGAGGGGAGGAGCAGCAGGGAGCGGGGCGGGUAGGAGAGGAGCAGCCACAAGUGGGGUAGGGAGGGGAGGAGCAGUAGGGAGCGGGGUGGGUAGGAGAGGAUCAGCAGGGAUCGGGGCAGGGAGGGGAGGAGCAGAGAGCGGGGCGGGGAGGGGAGGAGCAGAGAGCGGGGCCGGAAGGGGAGGAGCAGCAGCAAGUGGGGCGGGGAGGGGAGGAGCAGAAAGCGGGGAUGGGAGGGUAGGAGCAGCAGUGAGUGGGGCGGGGAAGGGAGGUGCAGGAUGGAGUGGUGGAGUGGCGGGUGAGAUGGGAAUUGACCACAACAACCCCACACCUGGUGACGCCUCGCAAAACAAUGGUGACAACGUGAGGGAUCACACCUUCGAAAUUUCUGUAGUCUCUUAUGGGGAGGAUAAGAAGAAGGAGAAGGGGAAGGAGAAGGGGAAGGAGAAGGGGAUGGAGAAAGGGAAGGGGAAGGGGAAGGGGAAGGAGAAAAUAGGAGUAGAAGGGGAAGGAGAUGGCGAAGGAGAAGGGGAAGGAUAUUGGGAAGGAGAAGGCAAAGGAGAAGGGGAAGGGGAAGGGGAAGGGGAAGGCAAAGGAGAAGGGGAAGGGGAAGGCAAAGGAGAAGGGAAAGGGGAAGACGAUGGAAAAGGCGAAGGAGAAAGAGAAGGGGAAGGAGAAAGGGAAAGGGAUGGGGAAGGGGAACGGGAAGGAGAAUGGGAAGGGAAGGAGAAGGCAAAGGAUAAGGGGAAGGAGAAUGGGAAGGAGAAGGGGAAUGAGAAGGCGAAAGCUAAGGGGAAGGAGAAGAAGAAUGAGAAGGGGAAGGAGAAAGGGAAAGGGAAGGGGAAGCAGAAGAGCCUGGCGAAGGACAAUGCGAAGGAGAAGGCAAAGGAGAAGGGGAAGGGGAAGGCAAAGGAGAAGGGGAAGGGGAAGGCAAAGGAGAAAGGGAAAGGGGAAGGCGAUGGACAAGGCGAAGGAGAAAGAGAAGGGGAAGGAGAAAGGGAAAGGGAAGGGGAAGGGGAACGGGAAGGAGAAUGGGAAGUAGAAAGGGAAGGAGAAGGCGAAGGAUAA